AUGGCCGGCACGGGCUCCCGGUCCCUCCGUGCCGGGGGCUCCUCCCGGGGGUCCCUCCUCGCCCGCCGUCGGCAGCUUCACCCACCGGGAUUUCCGUCCGUCCGUCCCGAUGUCUCCCCCACACCCCGCAACUCCUCCCGCGGACCCCCGGCCCCUCUGUCCCCACCGGGCGUGCCCCCGACAGAUCCCGGCAGAGGGCUCAGAGCUCCUGCCAGGAUCAGUCGGUGUCCGGGGAACGCCAGGUGGGGGAGUUCGGGUCCCUCAAACUUUUCUUUUCUGCAGGUGACAGGCUCCAGCAACCCUGUGGUGAUCUCUCAGGAUGUGCCAAAACAUCCUCGAGAACUGCUCUCCUUCAAGCCCAAGCUCAAGACUGUCAGAGUCAUAACCAAGGACCUGAUCCGGGACCUCAUCAUUCCCCAGGAGAAGUCUCAGCCUUCUCUCAUCAUUGGAGAAAAGGAAUAUGAGAGGAUCAAGGAAUCAGUUCGAGCCCCAGCUGAUGUGGAGCGUUGGGACAGGCUGAAGACCCUGAAAGCCAGACAGGACGCUGCUUUUGUGGGCAUCUCCCCUCCUGCUUCCCCCUUUUCCUGCUCUGCAGCCAGGCUCUUAGGGUGGUGUCUUCAACAAGGGAGUCCCUUUUGUCCCUCAUUUUUUGGGGUAUAG